ACAAAAAAACCUAAAUAAAUGUGUUGAAAAAAAGUGUUAAAUAAAUUUAAAAAAAGUGUUUUAACUAAAUUUUAUAAUUUAUAAAUUUAUUGAAAACCACCCAUGGCCUUAGAGGAUCGUUGUAGCCCCCAAACAGCUCCAACACCACCAGCAGGCCUACCUCAAUCCCCCCUACAACAAGCACAUUUUAUAACCUCGCCCAACACGGCUGCGGCCCUUUUGGAUAUGAGUUUAAGCCACAACGACAACACAGUUCCUGCCGCCAACAACAUGUUGCCCCAUACCGUGGCCUCUUUGUAUCAACAACAACAGCUGCAGCACUUGCAGCAACUACAUCAUUUACAACAGUUACAUCAGCAGCAAUUGGCUGCAGGAGUUUUCCAACAUCCCGGCUAUGACUUAUCGGCCCAGGCUCGCUUGAGUGUGUCGCCUGGUGGCCAUUCCACCUCCUCCACACCUGCCUCCACCAUGACCAUCAAAGAGGAAGAAAUUGAUUCCAUAAUGGGUGACAGUUUCAAUGGUGAUCAUGAUCAAUCGGUAUUGCAUGGCAGCAAUGUAACCGAGGAUGAAGAUGAUGAGGCUGAUAUCGAUGUUGAUGUGGACGAAGAUGUUGAUGAAAUACAUCGCAGUCCGCCGCCGGCUCAUCAGCAGUCCAGCAAACCCACCUUGGCCUUUAGCAUAUCGAAUAUCUUAAGUGAUCGCAUCGGCCAACAACAACAGCUACAAACUAAAGAAGAGGAGAAUAUCAAGCUUAACAGUUACACCAAUGCCCAAGCCCAACAUGCAGCCAGCGUAUUUCGUCCCUUCCAUGAAAGUAGAGCGGCCACUGCAACACCCUCAGCUUUUACACGCGUAGAUUUACUGGAAUUGAGCCGGCAACAGCAGGCCGCUGCAGCAGCAGCCACGGCCGCCAUGAUGUUGGAAAGGGCAAAUAUUUUGAACUGUUUCAAUCCGGCGGCCUAUCCCAGAAUACAUGAGGAAAUCCUACAAAGUCGUAUGCGUAGAACAGGCAUUUUAGCCGGACCACAGGUUCAACAACAACACCAACAGCCCCAACCUCAGCAUCUGCAGCAUCACAACAAAGCUCAAGAACCUUUACUCACCUCACCGCCUCUGUCCUCCUCCUGCUCCACAUCUGCCCUGGGCUCUUUGUGCAAGACAGUCUCACAAAUAGGCCAGACAACACCGCCGGCAGCCAGCACGCCUUCAUGCUCCUCGGUGGCCAGUAUAUCCUCACCUCCUCCCUCAUUACCUAACAACUCCUGCGCCUCCUCCUCAUCGUCGUCGGGCUCAUCCUGUGCUUCAUCCUCGAAUUCUUCAUUGAAUUCCUCACCCACCAGCCGUAAAAAUAACAGCCCUCAGCCCAUACCACCACCGUCGGCCAUUAGCCGCGAUUCGGGCAUGGAAAGUUCCGAUGACACAAAAUCGGAGACUGGCUCGACUACCAAUUCGGAAACGGGCAAAAAUGAAAUGUGGCCUGCCUGGGUGUUCUGCACGCGCUACAGUGAUCGACCAAGUUCGGGACCUCGUUAUAGACGUCCCAAGCAGCCCAAAGAUAAAACUGUUGAUGAGAAAAGACCACGUACUGCAUUUUCCAGUGAACAAUUGGUCAGACUAAAACGUGAAUUUAAUGAAAAUCGUUAUUUAACUGAAAGAAGACGCCAACAAUUGAGUUCGGAAUUGGGUUUGAAUGAGGCACAAAUAAAAAUUUGGUUUCAAAAUAAACGCGCCAAAAUUAAGAAAUCUUCGGGUUCGAAAAAUCCUUUGGCUUUGCAAUUAAUGGCCCAGGGUUUGUACAAUCACACCACCGUGCCACUAACCAAAGAGGAAGAAGAAUUGGAAAUGCGCAUGAAUGGUCAAAUACCUUAAAUACAAACUAACGCC